ACAAAUUUCCAUCUAGUUUUGUGAAUUUCUUCCGGACUCUUUGGCAUCAUUAUAGAUACUUCUUUUGAUUGUGUUAUUCUUUUUUGAUUUUGGACUUUCUGAGAUGAAACAGUGUCUGAGAAGUAUCUUCAACUUAAAAUUUCUCUAGACUAGACUUUAGUUUAAGUCUAGCUUUCGGUUUGUUAAGAAGCGCGUGCGCUAUAACGGAUAUAAAUUUAAAUUUGAAAUUUUGACAUAAUAACGACAAUGUUUUCGGUCGGAAAAAUGGCAACUUGUCUCGUGUGGAUCCUUUUUAUGGCGAUGAUGGUUCCUUUUGCAGAAGGAUACUUUUUUUCUUCGUGGUAUCGUCGAGUGAUUUCUUUCCAAGAAAAUCACGAAUGCCAAAGAAAUAGCAGCACAACGUAUGCCAUUAUCGUUCACGGAUGGAAAGGAAGUUGCCGAGAAAAUUGGGUUCAAGAUCUAAAGACAAAUCUAGAAAUAUACCGAGGAGGAUGUAUAAUUUGCAUGGAUUAUGAAAUCGCAGCAUCAAUUCCACAUUACCUAAUGCUAACGCAUCAUGCCAACAUACUAUCGAAUAUCCUCAAAGAAAAGCUUGACGAACUCGAAUUUAGAGGAUAUCAUCCCCGUAAUGGUUAUGUUUUUGGUUUUAGUCUUGGCGCUCGAAUAGCUAUACGAGCUGGAACAAUGUUUGGAUAUCAAAGAUUAGGCGAAAUUGAUGCUUGCGACAUGGCUGGACCAGGAUUUGAUUGGUUCGAUAGAUUCAAACCUACAGCAGCAGCCAAAAAUGUGCAAUGCAUUCACACGAGCAAAAGCAAAGGAACUCUAUCCCGGAACUGCCAUCAGAACUGGAAUAUGGGUGUUUGUGGAAUGUAUCAAGUUGGAUCGGCUAUUUUACCAGGCACAGGCACUUUAACAUCUCACGGCUUGUGUCAUCGAUUUUAUAAUGCUGCCUUCACCAAUAAUUUCUACGCAGAGCAUGUCCCCGAACAAUGUGAUCUGGUAUCGACAGUUCCUCAAACCUGGCCACAUAAUUACAAAAUGGGCUACAUGGAGCGUCGAAAGUCUCAAGUUCGUGGGGUUCUGUAUGCGUCAACUAUGAGUGAAUAUCCAUAUACAACGAAUACCAAUCAAAUAGUAGCCUAUCAAGUGCAUAACUUGGAUAGACAAUUUACAAUGGUCAUUCAAGAUCCAAAGCAUUUUCUAAUUUAUUUAAAACGUUAAUUUUAUUUAAGCGGAAAAGGAAAUUAAUGGACUAAAAUAUGUUACUAUUGUUGUUGUUGUUGGUGUACGGGGUUGGUAUCAUUACACCACACAGAUGGACUGAUUAAUUUUAGAAAUAAAAUACUUAACUAUUUAUUG